UACUUAUGUUACUUCGAUCUUCCUGUCUUUCGAUUUCAUUUUUAAACGGGUUCAAUCGUUAACUUGCCUCGAUACGUUGUACAAUGCAGCACACAUUUUUAAUACAAUAUGAUAUUAUACGCUACGUUCCUGCGACAUUUUAUUCAUACAAUACUUGUCAGGCUAGUUUUUUUUAAUUAGCAAUACGCAAAACAGCAAGCUUUUACGAGACUAAAUUCAUACAUGAACUACUACUCGUGAAGCAAUCGUUCAAAGUUCAUGUCUGACUUAACAAAAUAUUUAUCCGCAUUUUUCAUCGAAAUCAGAUAAAUUUACGAUGUUGUUCGUUUAACAGUACAUUCCUAUCUUCGUUUACAUAUUACCUGAUAUUAUUUGCAUAUUGGACUCAUAACUGUUCUAUUAUUUUAAACGAAAUUAAUAAAAAUUUAUAUAAAAGAACCGUUUAAUAACUGAUUUCUUCUUUAUACGUAGAGAUUGUAUACAUAGUAUAUACGUACAAUUUGUUUACAGGAUAUGCAAGUUUUAAUGAUCAUGGAGCAUAUCAACCUAGCAACGAAGUCAUGCUACGUUUUUACGCGUAUUAUAAACAAGCGACAGAAGGUCCGUGCGAACAACCAAAGCCUGCAUUCUGGGAAGUGAUUAAAAAGGCAAAAUGGGAUGCUUGGACACGUUUGGGAAAUAUGAGUAGAACAGAGGCAAUGAAUAAUUAUGUGGAAGAAUUAAAAAAGAUCGUAGAAACAAUGUCUUACACGGACAAAGUAGCUACAUUUCUAGACAGUUUAGAUACAUUUUGUGAAAGUGUUCCGCCCGAAGAUUUGGAAUUACUUCUUGGCCCCGUGUUAGAACGUAUGCGUUCACAGCCCGACUUACCAUUAUCUGGUUCGCCUCUAGUCCAUCCUCUUUUUUAUGCAGCAUCUAGGGAAACGUCACCGCAUAGAGCUUGUAAUAUGUCUCGGCAUAUUGCUAGUAGCUUAGAAACUAGCCCAGCCAGUAGCCAUAGCGUAAGCCCACCCGACACCGAUGGAGAAGAAGAAGAAUUUAUCGACACCGUCGAAUCUGCUCCAGAACGAUCGCAAAAGGACACGAUAAGAGGUUCAAGUAGUACUCAAAAAAUGUCCAACGGAUUGACCAGCAGUACCGAUAAAGUUAACGAAUCGAUUACGUCGAAAGAAAAUCAUCUUUCAGAAUUAACCAAUGGGUACACUAAUACAAAUGGUUACGCGGAGACAGUUACAGAAAAUAAACAGGACAAAAACAAGCAGCGUACUAAAAAAGACGAGAAAACCAAUGAUGAAUUUCUAAAUCAAAUAGCUACGACUAUGCAAAAUUUACAAAGAGACUUAGAUAGAAUAACAGCCAGAGUACGUAGCUUAGAAGGCCAAACACUACAAGCAUUGAUGCCACAAAUAGUUAAUAAACAACCAACAACGCCUUCGUAUCCAAAAUGGUGGCCUUUACAAGAAUGUUCACCACGGUUAUUCAGUAUUUUAAUUUUAUGGCCGUUCGUAGUACAGUUUCUAAUUUCUUUAACGCAACGUUAUCGUCAGCGAAGACUGUGAUUUAAACGUUAUUGUUAUCUUGUUCAAAGUAUAUUUCACUUUUUGAUAUUAGAUAAUGUUAAGAGCAAACAAUACGAAUAUUUUAGAAGAAUUAUAAUUCGAAAGUAAACUUCUAUCAUCUAAAUACAUAUUUGGAUAAAGGUAUUCGCAUCAAUGAUAAUUAUAAAAAAUGUAACUAAUCGUGUAAAAGUUUUAAAUUUGUUCAAUGAACUGUUUACAUUUAAAUGUGUGUACAGUAACUGUAUAGGAAGACUUAUUUAUUUUGAAGAUUGUGAAAAUCAGGGAAAGAUUUGAUCGUUAUUUCUGUGUUAAUGCUUUAAAAAGCAACAAAAUUAAUCUUAUAUCCAAAGUAAUUUCUAUGUACAAUAGAUAGUCACGUGUAUUCAUAUAUUGUAAUAUAGAAGAAAAAAUUAUAUACAAAUUUUAUAUUGUAAAUUCAGGUUAAAGGUAUAAAAUAGAUUAUGUUAUAUAUAACGUGCAAUCUUUUUUAAAGAAGCAAUCUAUAUUUAGUACGUUAGUAGAUAUAACUGAUCUUGAUAUUACCAUAGAAUCCUUUUCUUUUCUUCUUUUUUUUUUUUCUUUUUAUUUUCUUAUUAUGUUGUAAGAUGGAAAUAGGUAAGCCUACUCGUGUACAAAUAUUGUAAAAACAAAAUGUGCAAUUUUAAAUCGUGUAUUGUAAUAAUACUUAUGAUUUGUAAUUGUUUCGCAAAGAUUUUAUUAUGUAGUACAACUAUCAGUGAUGAUAAAACUUGUCUCUUCGUACAUUAAUAUUUUUCACUUUGUACAAUUUCAAUAAAAUAUUUACAAAUCACUAUA